AGAUAAAUGACAUUAAGUUAGAUCUUAGUUACAGUUCACGGAUUCCGGAAUGAAGUUUAUGCUUUCACUACUAGCCUUUGGCUACGUAGGGUUAGCCCACCCAGCGCCCUCCCUACCGCUGCACCCCGGAGGAAUCGGCGGCUUCUUCAAGGGCCCCAACUCCGAAACCAUCAUCAAAGGGCCCGACGGCAGCGUCAUAACCGCAACUGCCGAAGGUGGAGAAGUCCAAACUAAACUGGAACCCAUCGUAGUAGCACAACCGGUAGUCAUUCCAGAGGUGGUACCCAUAGCAGCCGCACCUGUCAUCGAAGCCGUGGCAGUUCCGGCUCCCGUAGUAGAAAGCAAACAAAGUUCUGAGCUCAUUGGACCUUCAGGGAGAAUUGCCACUCAAGGCUCCCAGUCGGUGAUUGCUGGCCCAGCUUCAACCACAGUCACAGGGCCAGCGGUUCUAGCAGAAACGGUAGUAAAAGGGCCGCCGAUUGUAGGAGUUCCAGUUAUAAAUGGUGCUGUCGGAAUAAGUGCUGUACCAACUGCAGUAACAGCAGCAGCUAUUCCAAAUAUAGCUUCAAUUGCAGUAACCGCGUCUCCUGUAACUGCAGUCCCUAUAUCUUCUAUAGUAACAUCAAGGGCACCAAUUAUCUUUUCGAGCCCUAAUGUAGCUACAGUCACUGCAACUCCUCCUGUGGUUACAGUAACUGCGGCUCCUCAAGCGGUAGCAACUGCAUCCGCAGCGUCAUUAGCUUCAGCUUCUGCAGAUGCGGCUGCAGCUCUGAAUGAAGCAGCUGCUGUAGCAAUUUCAACAGCUGGAGGUGCCUUAACCCCUCAGGUGAUACAAGACCAGCUGGCUAUUGAUAACACACAGUUAAAUUUGAACCCAGCAUUGAUACCCGCUGUUAAUAUUAUUCCUCCGGAGAUUCCUGUAACACCGAGACUUCCCGUUGGAAGAUUAGGACCGACUCCAGGUCCUCUACUAGGUGUAGGACCCACUCCAGGCACCCUGCUUACAACUCCAGGUCUAGGAGCAGUCGGAACUGGAACGAAUAUUCAAAGAGAAGAACAAGACGCUUUAACUGUUACUCCCACCAUUCCACAAGUAACUCCUCAAGCAACGCUGACACCACAACAAAUCGCAGCUUUACAAAGUCAGCAGGCGUUACUAAACAGUCAAAUCCGGCAGACGCAAACUUCCGUCCCGUCAAACAUACAAAGAGAAGAAGCUUCUGCAGGGGUUACUCCAAAUGGGUUACAAAUCACUCCUCAGGUGACUUUAACGCAAGAGCAAAUAUCGGCGUUACAAAAUCAGCAGAUUUUACUCAACAACCAGAUUCAGCAAGCUCAGCAAGCCGCUGGAACACUUAUACCCAGUCCAACACCAGCAAGUCAACCCUUGUUUACACCUAACACCGAUAACACCAACGUUGUUACUCUAGCAAACCUUGCUCAGCAAAAUCUUCUCAGUGCUGAGUUGGCGAAAUCUGGAAUUGACGCGUCUGCGGUACAACUAACUAACGUACCUUUGUCUGCUGUGUCCUCGUUAGGUGUUGGUGGUUUAAAAGGCGCAAUUAACGAUGGUUUAACUGCGGAAGCCUGGGGCAGGUUUAGCAGAGACGCAGAAGCAGGAAAAAAAGCCGGAGAGAAACGGAAAAAUAACUAGUCAUUAAGAAUAUGUUUUGGUUGCGGUUUUAUUUUUAAUUUUGACUUAAUUUAGUCGUUUUGUGUAUGUACCUAUACUCUGUAA